CGUUUUCUCCAUUUUCAUUUGAUUUCUUCAUUUCUCCAAUCUGGUCUCUUCAUAUAUAUACACACACACACACGCACGCACGCACACAAAUCUUUUUCAGACCAAACCAAAGUUAAAAUGGGACGCCAUUCCUGCUGUCUCAAGCAAAAACUCCGGAAAGGCUUGUGGUCUCCUGAAGAAGACGAGAAACUCUUUAAUUACAUCACCAGAUUUGGCGUUGGUUGCUGGAGUUCUGUUCCCAAGCUAGCUGGCUUACAGAGAUGUGGAAAGAGUUGCAGAUUGAGAUGGAUAAACUACUUGAGACCUGACCUUAAGAGGGGUAUGUUUUCCCAGCAGGAGGAGGAUCUAAUAAUCAGUCUCCAUGAGGUUCUUGGAAACAGAUGGGCUCAAAUCGCAGCGCAGUUGCCUGGAAGAACAGAUAAUGAGAUUAAGAACUUCUGGAAUUCCUGUCUGAAGAAGAAGCUAAUGAAGCAAGGCAUUGAUCCAACCACACACAAGCCACUUAUAAACAACUAUAAUAAUAUUCAAGUGAAACAAGAGAAGGAUUGUACGGACCAAACAUCACACUCCACUCUCAUCAAACCUUUCACUAAUUCACACGAACCAGCAUUUCUUGUCAACAACGAUUCAACUACUAGUAAUUAUCAACAAGACGCAUUAAGACAAGAUCAGCAGUUUUUGAUGAACAAACCGGUGGUGGCGUAUGAUCCUCUAUCCUACUUUGACUUACCUGAUGUUCCAAUAACAGGGUAUACUACUAUUUCCAGUUAUGUUCCUCAAAAUCAACCUACGAUUUUAAGAUCAGUAGCAUUUGAUCAUACCCAGUUUGAGACAAGCUCCAACUUCACCUUCAGUUCAAUGCCGAGUUUAGUUAACUUUCAUGAUUAUGGAAACAUGUCCGGGACAGAAUUCUCUGAUAAUUCUUUCCUGUUGAAUGAAGCAAAGGAGAGUUCAAGCAACAGCUCAAACAUCACUACUACUACUACCACUGCAUUGACGAGCAAUAUGGUGGAAAAUAAUGGAGCUUUCUCAUGGGAAAACGACAACAAAUUAGACUGUAUGUUUCAGCCGAGUAAUUCAUGGCGUGAUCAAGAUGAACAGCUGCAAUCUCAGACUUGUGUAGAUUUAAGUAGCUUUCCGUUAGCAUCGUUGUCAGAAGAUCUAACAGGACCAAAUUUUGAUCGUGUCUUCCACCACAUAUGAGUACUGUAAAUUCAUUCCUUUCUUCCUUCUUUAAACACACACAGAUGUUGAUAGCACGUACAGGCAAUCCUAUUUGAAAGGUUUGAGAUGAGAUUGAUCUUUUUCCCUUUUUUCUUUUCCUUCUUUUUCUUCAUCUUUUAAAUUUUUAUAACCAGGUUUUUUCCAAAAAAACCAAAAGAUUACUUUGGCUGAUGAUCUAAUCUGUAUUCUCUUUUCUUUUCUUUUCUUUUUCUUUUUUUCUCUUUUUGCCCACUGUAUUCUUUUUCUGGUUUCUGUAUUUGUU